CUUUGAGCAACAUCCAAGUCAAAUCUUUCUUAAAUUUUUGGUGAUUCGGUACACGAGGCUAUAUCAUACCGGACGGCAUUGCUUCUGUCGUGUGUGAUCUCGCAAGCGUACCUGUGCUCGAGCUUGCCGUGAUUUUCGUUUCCCCCUCGACUCGGAAACAAUAAUAUGUCCUGAAGACUUCCGAUGUACGUUGUUUUUUGAAGUACGUAUCCGCGUACCGUCUUUUUCUUCCCUAGACAACGCGACUCCAGUGCGGGAUAAUCUAUAACUGGCACAGCAAUCAAUUUUCCUGAAGAGCAUAUCUCGGAAGUGAGGUAAAAGCCUGUCUCCAGGUAUAAAAGGGCCUUAUAGAUUGUAUAUCGAAGUAAGUGCGAGUAGAACUCCAUCCCCUAACGUCUUCUUCACGCACUCGACAUCUUGCCCCCUCACUGACUGCCGAUAUGUAUAGACUAACGACUGUCUUGAUCACGCUAUGCACGAUUUUCUUCACCGUUCUCGCUGCGCCAUUGCGGCUCAAGGGAAGUGCGACAAUGUCACUUGAAAAGCGCACCACACACACAGGCGAGGGUACCUGGUUUGAAGUUGGUACAGGAGCCUGCGGAUAUACGGAUACAGAUGACGAUCCUAUAGUCGCUAUUUCCGCCGAUAUAUAUGGUAGUGGAGGAAACUGUAAUCAGUGGAUUCACAUCACCAAUACCGACAACGGACAGGAGGCGUACGGGAAGACGCGUGACGAAUGCGAGUCUUGUGGCUCAACUAGCCUAGACAUGUCUCCUAGCCUAUUUGAAGAACUGAGCACGCUUGACACCGGUGAAAUACCAAUUUCAUGGCACUUUAUGAACAAGGACUGGUCGCCUUAACUGCGCGCCGUCCUGUAUAUCAAAUCUUACUUCGGGCACGAUUUCCUUACGGUUUCCAUCACGAUUAUUAGAUUAUCAUUAUAGACGACAUAUACUCUUCGUCAGGAAGGGGAUCAGGAUCUUUUGUAUCAUUACAUAACAAUAUUUCUGUUGCGCUUUAUCACCUACAACUACAAAUGAAAUGCAGGGCUGGCUCUGGGAGACGUAGUACUACCAUCUUUUUCUUGUUUGUAUUGGUUUUAGUAACUUGAUUAGCAUCUGAUCUGCAUGUCCUUAUUAUUAGCACGUAUAUAGCCUGAG